AGUUUGUCACCCUUUGAACACAAAGAGAUCCUCGAAUACUCACAGGUGUAUUUUGUUGGUGCACAUGCUGAAAAACGACGUGCCUCCCCUGGCCAAGCAUACUCCAAUUUUGGUUAUGAUGAUGGUCGUGGUGAAUACCACAUUGUCGAAAAAGACCAUCUGGGCUAUCGUUACGAAGCAAUCGGUGGUCUGGGACGAGGUUCGUUUGGACAGGUUGUAAAAUGCUUUGAUCACAAAACCGGCCAAACUGUGGCUAUCAAGAUCAUUCGCAAUAUGCCACAAUAUCACACCCAAGCAUUGGUAGAGAUCAAGACGCUUGAAGAACUAGUCAGAUGGGACCCUGAAGAUGAACAUAAUAUGGUUCGAAUGUUGAAUCACUUUUAUUUCCGAAAUCAUUUGUGUAUUGCCUUUGAGUGCUUAAGCUUUAAUCUCUACGACUUUCUUAAGAGUAGUCAAUUCCAAGGGUUUAGUAUUGGGUUGAUUCGAAGGUUUGGAAUACAGAUCCUUAAUUGUCUAGCUCUUUUGAAAAAACACAAGCUUAUACAUUGUGAUCUGAAGCCAGAGAAUAUUAUCUUAAAGUGCCCCACAAAAAGUACUAUAAAGGUCAUUGAUUUUGGUAGUUCAUGUCUGGAGAGUGAAAAAGUGUUUACAUAUAUCCAGAGUCGGUUUUAUCGCUCACCGGAAGUAAUGCUGGGUCUACCUUACAGUAGUGCAAUUGAUAUGUGGAGUAUAGGAUGUAUUCUAGCAGAGUUAUUUACAGGAAAGCCACUUUUUCCGGGUGAGAACGAGCAAGACCAGCUGGCUUGUAUUAUGGAAAUUCAAGGAGUACCUGAUAAACGUCUCGUGGAAGCAAGCACGCGCCGCAAAACCUUGUUCGAUUCUUAUGGUAAUCCUCGUAUCUUCCCAAACUCCAAAGGUCUCAAGCGCAAACCAGGAUCCAGGAAAUUAGCAGUAGCUUUGAAAUCUACAGACGAGGAUUUUGUUGACUUUAUAGACAGUUGUCUUCAAUGGGAUCCUGUACAUCGGUUAUCUCCAACAGAGGCAAUGAAACACCCUUGGAUUCGCAAGCCAAGCUCGAGUUCUAGGUCAAGGGAACAAAAAACAAAAAACAAAUAA